GUUUUUUUUUUCACCAGCGCGUAGUGGACGAGGUGGCACGAGCCCACGGUCAGAGACAAGCGCGUGAAGCUGUUGCGCGUGUCGCGACGGAGCUGCGGCGGUGAGGCGGGGAGUCCUCCGAGCACCCGACAGAAUGCGGUCGCUGUCCGCGGUCCUGAACCCGCUGCUGUUUAUGCUGCUGAUCGGAUACUGCCCUUCAGUGACCAUCAGGCCAAAGGAUGGUUGGCAGGUGUACAGCUCAGCCCAAGAUGCAGAUGGACGUUGUAUCUGCACAGUGGUUGCACCUGAACAGAAUCUGUGCUCCAGAGAUGCCAAAGGCAGACAGCUCCGCCAGCUCCUGGAAAAGGUGCAGAACAUGUCGCAGUCAAUCGAGGUGCUGAACCUGCGGACGCAGAGGGACUUUCAGUACAUCAUGAGAAUGGAGAGCCAGAUAAAGGGAUUGCGGUCAAAGUUUCGACAGAUCGAAUCGGACAGGAAGACGCUCGUCAACAAAAACUUCCAGGAGCUAAAGGGAAAGAUGGAGUCCAUGCAACCGCUCAUACCUGUCCUGGAGCAAUACAAGACAGAUGCCAAGCUCAUCUCCCAGUUCAAAGAGGAGAUCAGGAACCUGUCCGUCGUGCUGAUGGCCAUCCAGGAGGAAAUGGGGGCCUACGACUACGAGGAGCUGCAACAGAGGGUCCUAAACCUGGAAAAUCGUCUGCGCAAAUGCAUGAGCAAACUUACGUGCGGGAAGCUAAUGAAGAUCACCGGGCCGUCGACUGUGAAAACGUCAGGGACCAGAUUUGGAGCCUGGAUGACGGACCCACAGGCGACUCUCAAAAACAACAGGGUCUGGUACAUGGAUGGCUACACCAACAACAAGAUAGUAAAAGAGUAUAAAUCCAUAGCCGAUUUUGUGUCAGGAAUCGAGUCGAGAACCUACAACCUGCCUUUCAAGUGGGCCGGAACCGACCACGUGGUGUACAACGGCUCUCUGUACUACAACAAGAUGCAGAGCAACAUCGUCGUGAGGUACAGCUUCGAGACGGGCCGCGUGGUCACCCAGAGGGCCCUGGAGUCCGCGGGGUUCCACAACGUUUACCCCUACACGUGGGGGGGCUUCUCCGACAUCGACCUGAUGGCGGACGAGCUGGGCCUGUGGGCGGUGUACGCGACCAACCAGAACGCCGGCAACAUCGUGGUCAGCCAGCUGAACCCGGACACGCUCCAGAUCCUCGACACGUGGAGCACAGAAUACUCAAAGAGGAACGCCGGCGAGUCCUUCAUGAUCUGCGGGACGCUCUACAUCACCAACUCCCACCUGACCGGCGCCAAGGUGUACUACGCCUACUCCACUAAAACCUCCACGUACGAGUAUACGGACAUUCCCUUUCACAACCAGUUCUUUCACAUGUCCAUGUUGGACUACAACGCCAGGGACCGCGCGCUCUACGGCUGGAACAACGGCCACCAGGUCCUUUUUAAUGUCACACUUUUCCACAUCAUCAAAACCGAGGACGAGUCUUAAGCCGCGGCAACGCUGAAGAAGUAGAAGAAGAAAAAAAAACGGGAAAAACGCGGAACAAAUAGAUUGUUACAUCUGAAUGUUCUAAUUAAUGUAUUUAUUUAACUCCCCUGAUUAGUUUUGGCCGUUUUGUACAACUUUUUUUCCCGCAUUUUACAGCUUGCUACUUUCAUGCAAGUUAAGAGUUAACUCAUGAUCUUCUCUACAGUUUCUCUAAAAACAUAAACCUUCCAUUUACGCCAUAUUUGUGUGUAAAAAACACACUUAUAUUGUGAUUAUUAUUACCCGCCCCCUCUCUCUGGGUCCAGAGGACACAGCCCAUCGAAACUCACAGGGGAUCGGCUCAAGGUCAUCACAUAAGACACGUUACACUCAUUCACAGAGACAGGAACCCGUGCACACAAGCACACAUGCUGCCUGCAGCAGGAUCCUCCUGCCAGAGAUAUAAAUGGCUAUUCAAAAUGAAAAUAAAUUUAGAAGUCCAUUAUGAAACAUACUGCAGGUAAAACAUUUUCAAUUUAAUAAUUGCACUUUUAAAUCCUGUCAUUUCUACAGUUGCCUUUUCUCUCUAAAAUGAACACUUAAUGGGUUUGCCAGUCAGUAUUGCAAAAAAAAGCAUGCGCCUAAUAGAGUUGACUUUUUAAUUUUGUUUCCACCCUUUUGUUGCAUAUUUUCUUCCUGCAUUUCAUUUCCUCCACUUAGCUUUCGGUUUAUAAUUACACAUUUCUAUUCGAAAGAUUUCGCACUUGACCUUCUACAAGACAGCGAGAAACGUGUGGACCCAUAACUCCCCUGUAUAGUUAAUGUACUUGGCUUUUUCAUGUCUGUGAAGAUUCUCAGUCAUCCGGGUCACCGGAUGUCUUCAAGUACCAAGUCAAAGUAUUUCAGCAAACUGAACUGGUUGCCUUUAACUUUGUACUUUGAGAUAUUGGCUUUUUUGUAACUUCAGCAGCUUGUAUGCCUUAUUGAGUGCAGUCUGUUCUGUAGGCCUGAGGAUAGCAGCUCUCGUGCAUGAAUGUUGGCUGUCCUGAUUGCAUUUACUGUACUGUAACUGUAUACCUGUGUAUUUUGUAUCUGCACAACAUCCCAUUCUCUUUUUCUUUAGCUGUAUUAAUGGUCCAUUUACACCAAGAGCAGUAGAUAACUUUAAUAAACAUUAAUGUGUGUAAAUAAGAAGUUAUACAUAACCAAAAAUAAAUAUAAAUAUUCUUUUCAUUAA